AGUAAAAAAAAAAGCAGAAGUGAGGGGUAGAACGGCCGUCCUGGUUCAUGAGAAGAAACUGACAGAUAGACCCAGGAAGAAGGAGGGUGAGCCGAGGGGAACACACAAGCACAACCAUGGCCCCUUGGACCAGGACCGAGGGAUAUGGUGUAGCAAAGUGGAAUUUCAUUGGCCAAGGGGAGAAGCAACUGUCCCUGGAGGUGGGCGACACAGUGCAGAUCCAGGAGGCCUGCGAGGGAUGGUACAAAGGCUACCUGACCAGGAACAAAGCCCUGCAGGGAGCGUUCCCAGCCAGCUUCGUCCAGCUGAAGGAUGCCAUCUCAGAGAGGAGAGGGAAGCAGGAGCAGGCGGUGUCGUCGGAGAUGCCCCUGGUCAAGGAGGUGACCACCACCCUGAGGGAGUGGGGCAGCAUAUGGAAGCAGCUCUUCGUGUCCAACAAGGGGGGCCGGGUGGAGCAGGUCCAGGGGCUGAUGUGGGAGCUGAUAGAGUGGCGCUCCCAGCUGCUCUCGGGGACUCUGCCCAACGACGAGUUCAAGGACCUCAAGCAGAAGGUCACCUCCAAGAUCGACUACGGAAACAAGAUCCUGGAGCUGGACCUGGUGGUCCGGGACUGCAGCGGGAGCGUCCUGGACCCGGAGCGCGCGAGCGUGAUCAGCCUGUUCCGGGCCCACGAGGAGGCCACCACCAAGAUCAACGAGCGCAUCAAGGAGGAGCAGUCCAACGUGCAGGCUGACCAUUCGGCCAUGUCGGCCCGCAUCCAGUCCUCGCCGACCCACAGCCUCUACGUGUUCGUCAGGAACUUUGUGUGUCGCAUCGGAGAGGACUCUGAGCUCUUCAUGUCCCUGUACGACCCCAACAAACAGACCAUAAUCAGUGAGAACUACAUGGUGCGCUGGGGCAAAAAAGGCUUCCCGAGGGAGAUCGAAAUGCUGAACAACCUGAAAGUUGUCUUUACGGACUUGGGGAACAAGGACCUGAACAGAGAGAGGAUCUUCCUCAUCUGUCAGAUCGUGAGAGUGGGCAUGAUGGAUCUGAAGGAGAACACCAAGAAGUGCACUCAGAACCUCAGACGGCCGUUCGGGGUGGCAGUGAUGGACAUCAGUGACAUCAUCAAGGGGAAGACGGAUUGUGAUGAAGACAAGCAGCAUUUCAUCCCCUUCCAUCCGGUGGUGGCUGAGAAUGACUUCCUCCACACGUUGUUGAACAAAGUGACGGCAUCACGAGGAGACAGUGGAGGUCAAGGACUAUGGGUGACCAUGAAGGCCUUGGUUGGCGACAUCGUACACAUCCGCAAGGAGCACCCCCACCUGGUGGACCGCAGUACUGCGGUGGCGCGCAAGCUGGGCUUCCCCGAGAUCAUCAUGCCGGGGGACGUUCGCAACGACAUCUACCUCACCUUGCAGGGCGGCGACUUCGACAAGUACAACAAGACCACGCAGAAGAACGUGGAGGUCAUCAUGCUGGUGUGCGACGAGCAGGGGAAGGUGGUACCGAACUCCAUCUGUCUGGGAGCCGGCGAUAAGGCCGUCAACGAGUACAGAUCUGUCAUCUACUACCAAAUCAAACAGCCCCGCUGGAUGGAGACCAUUAAGGUGUCCAUCCCGCUGGAGGAAAUGCAGAGGAUCCAUUUGCGCUUCAUGUUCCGACACCGCUCCUCGCAAGAGUCCAAGGAUAAGAGUGAGAAGAACUUUGCCAUGGCGUUUGUCCGUUUGCUGAAGGAUGACGGCACGGUCCUACAGGACGGCCUUCAUGACCUGGUGGUCUUCAAGGGUGACAGUAAGCGCAUGGAGGACGUGGGCUCCUACCUGUUGCUGCCCUCCACACGCUCCCAGCAGGGGGACCCCCACAAGGCGGGGGGCCUGGGCCGCAGCGCCAGCAACCUGUCAGGCGGCGGGGGGGGGGGCUUGUCGGUCAGCUCCAGGGACAGCUUCGCCAUCUCUACCCUGGUCUGCUCCACCAAACUCACCCAGAACGUGGGCCUGCUGGGGCUGCUGAAGUGGAGGACUCGACCGGAACUUCUCAGGGAAAACCUGGAGAAGCUCAAACUCAUUGAUGGAGAGGAGGUGGUCAAGUUCCUGCAGGACACCCUGGACGCCUUGUUUAACAUAAUGAUGGAGCACUCGCAGACUGACGACUACGACUUCCUCGUCUUCGACGCCCUGAUUUACAUCAUAGGUCUGAUUGCCGACAGGAAGUUCCAGCAUUUCAACACGGUGUUGGAGGCCUACAUCAAGCAGCACUUCAGCGCCACACUGGCCUACAAGAAGCUGAUGUCGGUGUUGAAGAACUACCUGGACGUGUGCAGCCGGGGGGACCACUGUGAGAACAUCCUGCGGACCCUCAAGGCCUUGGAGUACAUCUUCAAGUUCAUCGUCCGCUCCCGCAUGCUCUACUCCCAGCUCUACGAAGGGAAGGAGCAAGAGGAGUUUGAGCAGUCUCUGAGGAGACUGUUUGAGUCCAUAAACAGCUUGAUGAGGACUGACUACACCACCACCCUGCUGUUGAGGGUAGCCGCUCUGAAAUACCUCCCCACCGUCUUGCAUGAUGUUGAAAAGGUGUUUGAUGCCACGCUCCUGAGUCAGCUCCUGCACGACUUCUACACCUGCUUUUCCCCCGAGAAGCUCCAGAAGCAGAAGGUCAUCUCCAUGACGGAGAUUGUCAGCAGCCGUCUCUUCCAGAAACAAGAGUGCCGUGACGUGCUGCUACCCAUGAUGCUGCGGGAGCUGAGCGGGGCGCUGGCAACCAUGGCCGACGGCCCGCACGACGAGCGCCGAAACAGUCUGGAGCUGCUCAACAACAUCCUGGAGGUCCUGAGCCGGGACAACGUGGGGGAAACCUUCCAGCAUGUCCAGGACAUUGUGAUGUCUCUCCUGCGGACCAUCAACUGCACGGUGAUCACCAUGGGCCGAGAGCACGCCCUCAUCGCCAGGGUGGUUGCCUGCAUGACGGCCAUCCUCAGCCAGAUGGACAACCGCCACUACGCCUCCUACAUCGAGACCUUCAGCGGCACCACAGACCUGGUGGACUUCUUGAUGGAGAGCUUCCUGCUGUUUAAGGACCUGAUCGACGGCCAGCACGUGUAUCCCUCCGACUGGAUGGCUAUGAUCAUGGUUCAGAACAGAGUCUUCCUGAGAGCCAUUAACACCUAUGCUGAAACCAUGAACCACAUGUUCCUGAACAACAAUGUCUUUGAAGUACAGCUGUGGAAUAACUACUUCCACUUAGCGGUGGCCUUUAUUACCCAGGAGUCUUUGCAGCUUCAGCACUUCUCCCACACCAAGAGGAACAAGAUCCUGGCCAAGUAUGGAGACAUGAGGAGGCUCAUUGGUUUCUCCAUCCGGGACAUCUGGUACAAGCUGGGGAGCCACAAGAUCAACUUCAUCCCGGGAAUGGUGGGGCCCAUCCUGGAGAUGACUCUGAUCCCGGAGGAGGAGCUAAGGAGAGCCACGCUGCCCAUCUUCUCAGACAUGAUGACCUGCGAACACACACACUUCGGCAACUUCCACAAGUUUGAGAACGAGAUCAUCCUGAACCUGGACCACCAGGUGGAGGGGGGAGGCGGAGACGUGAGAUACAUGGAGCUGUUGGAGACAAUUUUGCUGGAGGACGCCGCGGAGAAGACGGUGCUGAAGUCAGAGGUGGAGCGCUUUGUUGCCCUGGUGAAGGGUCUCCUGCUCCGUCUCCUUGACUACCGCACCGUCAGGAGCGAUGACAGCCGGAACAACCGCAUGAGCUGCACUGUCAAUCUGCUGAACUUUUACAAGGAUAUCAAUCGAGAGGCGAUGUACAUCAGGUACCUUUACAAACUGAGGGACCUUCACCUGGACUGUGACCACUACACGGAGGCAGCCUACACCUUGCUGCUUCACUCCCGCUUGCUCAAGUGGUCGGACGACCUGUCUAGUCCCCAGCUUGAGUUCCACGGCUCCCAGACCCAGCGCCAAAUGAAGGAGACCCUGUACGACAUCAUCAUCGACUACUUCGACAAGGGAAAGAUGUGGGAGGAGGCGAUAACCCUGUGUAAAGAGCUCUCGGAGCAGUACGAGAACGAGAUAUUUGACUACGAGUUACUGAGCAAGAGACUGGAGAAGCAGGCAAAGUUCUACGAGAACAUCAUGAAGAUCCUGAGGCCCAAGCCCGACUACUUUGCGGUGGGCUACUACGGCCAGGGGUUCCCCCUGUUUCUCAGGAACAAGGUGUUCAUCCACAGGGGCAAGGAGUACGAACGCAGGGAGGACUUCCAGAACGAGCUGAUGAGCCAGUUCCCCAGCGCCCUGCGCCUCAACACCACCACCAUGCCUGGGGACGACAUCUGGGACUCUCCCCUGCAGUACCUGCAGUGCUUCACGGUGCAGCCCGUCCUGGAGAUGCCCCCCCGCCUGAAGAACAAGCCCGUCCCUGAUCAGAUCAUCAACUUCUACAAGUGCAACUACGUGCAGCGCUUCCACUACUCCAGGCCCGUGAAGAAGGGGCCCGUGGACCCCAACAACGAGUUUGUGUCCAUGUGGAUAGAACGCACCACCUUCACCACCGUCUACAAGCUCCCCGGGAUCCUGCGCUGGUUCGAGGCCACCGAGAUGAAACAGACCACCCUCUCCCCGUUGGAGAACGCCAUCGAGACCAUGGAGUUCACCAACGAGAAGAUCCUGGCCCUGAUCAACCAGUACCAGACGGACUUCAGCCUGGCCAUCAACCCCCUGUCCAUGCUGCUCAACGGCAUCGUGGACCCCGCCGUCAUGGGCGGCUUCGCCAAGUACGAGAAGGCCUUCUUCACUGAGGAGUUCACCCAGCAGCACCCGGAGGACCGCGACAAGCUGCUGCGUCUCAAGGACCUCAUCGCCUGGCAGAUCCCGCUGCUGGGCGCCGGCAUCUCGCUGCACGGCAAGAGGGUGAUGGAGGACCUGCGGCCCUUCCACGAGCGCAUGGAGGAGUGCUUCAAGCAGAUGAGGAAGAAGGUGGAGACGCAGUACGGCGUGCGAGAGCUGCCUGACAUGGAGGACAGGAAGUCCAGCCGGCCUCGCUCCAUGCUGCGCUCCAUGCGUCAGUCGGUCAUCUCCAUCAGCUCCCUGCAGGGGUCCGAGUGCGGAACACCCACCAGGACCCAACCGGACAGGGACUUCCCCCCCCCUGAGGCCGUGGGGGUCCGGCUACGCUCCAGCGGCAGCCUCAGUCUGAGCCUGACGGAGGAGGUUCCCGGGGAGGCGGAGGUGAAGCUGAGGAAGAGCAAGAAGAAGAGGAAGAGGAGCAGCAUGAUCUUCAUCUCCGAGGAGAGGGAGAGGACCGCCACCCUGGACGGAAAACGGCUGUCGAAGAAGCAGGAGUUCCGCAGCGACACCAACCUGACCGACGUGAAUGAUAUGGUUCUGACCAACGCCAACUCCAAAUCCCUGCCUGCUAUUGGAGGUCUGUCCCUACAGGUGGUGGGGGCGGCCGAGGAGGUGGACUCGAGCCGGUCCAGGCGGGACAGUAAGUCCAUGUCCAUAUGCGCUGGCUCAGACAGGACCGCCGACAGACGCUCCAAGGGGGUCCUGAAUCUUUUUUUCAAGAAUAAGGUUUCCAAAUCUGAAGAUGUGAAGACGAGUGCCUCAUCAAAAGACAACAUCAAUCAUUUCUGAUAUUUAUCAUCACUUUUUUUUGUAUUCCUUGGUGCCAUCACUGGAUUGAUGAGAGAAUUGAACAAAGAAGUGCCGAUGAGCAGUGAUGGAAGGUUUGAAUUAUGCCAUGAAAUGCAACAUGGUUGCUUGCUCUUUUAUAACUCGCUUACUGCACUGAUUCAGUGCCUCCUCUUUUAUAUAAUUCAGUGUCACUAUUCAAUGUCGCCAUUUUGUAUUUGACUGACACAUUUUGCUAAUAGGAGAAUUUUAAUAGAGGCAAACGGCAACCAGCAGCUUUCAAACUGAUUGAGCUUCUGCAAGAUUGGGCAUUCACAAAACAAUCUAUUGACACGCUUGACUGAAGCACUUCUUGUUACGACAGUUAUGUGAUUAACGAAACCCGAUGAAUCGCUAGUAAACCUCCUUUUGUCAGUUUUACUAUGGAUCUUGUCGUGCUGCCAAACGACCUGGCACAUUAUGAAAAUCUGACAGGUCCAUUUUAAUAUAGCGGAGCAGAAAGACUAGUGCAGACACUGCUGUUAAGAUAAAUCAACAUCUCAUUUCACAAUAAAAGUUUUGACCUCAAGAGUU